AUGGCAGCCAGCGGAGCGCCACCCGCAGACCCGGCGGUGGCGGUGUCGCCACCGGCGAAGGACUCGGAAGACGUCACUCUGGACGCCAUCCUGAAGCACCUGGGGCAGUUCGGGCGCUUCCAGCUGAUCAUAUUUGUGCUGAUCUGCCUGCCGAUGAUGUUCCACGCCAUGUUCUCGGUCACAUACGUGUUUACCGCUGCCACAGUGACGCACAGAUGUAGCGUGGCAGAGUGCGAUUUGCCUGGAAGCAACUACUACGAGCCGCACACCGAUUGGAGUAUCCCCAAGAACGGCAAGGAUCUGGACUCAUGCAAUCGGUACACCAACUCGGAGCUGCCCCAAUGGAACCAUUCGGUGGACAUCUGCACGGCCGACCACUUCACAAGAAACAAGGAGGCCUGCGCCCACAACGAGUUCGUUUUCCGCGACGAUGAAGUUACCAUUUCCAAUGACUUUGGCAUUUUCUGCGAUGAUGAAUGGAAGCUAUCUAUGGUGGGAACCAUAAACAACCUGGGACAAUUCUUCGGUAUUCCCAUCGGAGGCUUUGUCGCGGAUCGAUAUGGACGGAGUUUCUCAAUCGCUCUGGGCGGAAUAUUGGGAGCUGUGCUUGGCGUAAUUCGCUCCUUCUCGCCCAGCUACGGUUGGUUCCUUGUGUUCGAGUUCCUGGACAACAUGACCAGCAGUACGCUGUACUCCACCUGUUUCGUGAUCGGGAUCGAGCUGGUGGGACCCAAGCGACGCGUGCUGGCGUGCAGCGUGAUUACGGUCUUUUACGCGGUGGGUGAGGUGCUGCUCGCCAUGUCCGCCAAGGCGUUCCACGAUUGGCGGAUCCUACUGCGCAUCACCUACGGGCCCUCGCUGAUCUUGCUGGCCUACUUUUGGAUCCUGCCGGAGAGCGUGCGCUGGCUGCUCAGUCAGGGCAAGGAGGAGCGGGCCAAGAAUAUCCUUCGGCGAGCCGCCCAUGUGAACCAGCGCGAGCUGCCGGAGAGCAUGCUGGACAAGCUUGUGCUGGCCAAUCGGGACAAGUUGCAGCAGUCGUCGGAAAGCCGUUUCCCCAUCCGCGAGGCUUUCAAGAACUUCAAGUGGCGCAUUGCCAACUGCUCCUUUUGCUGGAUUGUCCACGUGCUGGUCUACUACGGAUUGAGCCUUAAUGUUGUGCUGCUGGAUGGAGACAAGUACAAUAACUUCGCUUACAUCGCCCUUGUUGAGAUUCCCGGCUUCUUCAUGCCCCUGCUCAUCAUGGACCGCUUCGGCCGGCGGUACUCCCUCUGCGGGCUGAUGCUGGCCAGCGGUCUUUGCUGCAUCGGGACGAUCUUCACCGGCGCGGAUCAGCCGGUGCUUCAAUUGGUGCUAUUUCUUGUUGGCAAACUGACCAUCACUGCCAGCUUCCAGGUGCUCUAUUUCUUCGCCUCAGAGAUCUAUCCCACGAAUCUGAGGAACAGUCUGCUUAGCUUCUGUUCCAUGAUGGGCAGGUUUGGUUCCAUGCUGGCCCCGCAGACGCCUCUACUGGCCAAGUAUUAUGCCAAUGCUCCUGCCAUGCUCUUCGCCGGCGCCGCCAUCGUGAGCGGCCUGCUCACGCUGUUCUUCCCAGAGACCACCAACGUAGUUUUGCCGACAACAGUGCAGGAAGCGGACGCCAUAGGCGUCAAGAAGCAGUCGAAGAGCAAGGAUCUCGAUCUAGUCGUCACGGCAACACAAGCGCAGUAAUUCUAACGUAAUCUUAUUUUAAGGCAGCCUGCAAAUACAAAGACAUUUCUCUUCAAAUGUGUUAUAACUCUAAGAACAAACAAUACUAUACAUAUAUAAUAUU